ACAGAUCAACGACUGUCGUUUUCGGGCCUUUUUUGCGGGGAUAAAGCAAGUUACAUUCAUUCAUUCAUACUUGCAGCUAAUGGAGAUUCUUUUGGUGUUGACAUAUGGGAGCAAUUGGAAGGCAGAUCUAGUAGAGUGAUGGUCAAAGCGCUCACAUAUGUUGAUAUUAACUUCAUAACGGGAGAAAACAUGGCUGAAGUGGCAAAAACUUUGCCCUCAAUAAAAACUUUGUUUCGGAAAAAAUUGAACAUGACAUUCUGUGUAUCAAAAAUGUUUAAUCUUCGCUCAAUUGAAUCUGUCCAGUGGGAGAGAGAUGCAGCUACUGAUCCGAAAGUUGCAAAAAAAGUUAAACGGCUAAAAAAGUGGCAUCAAAAGAUAAUGAUUAAGAAACGAAGAAUGGAAUAUUCACCUUUAGAACCAGAUAAUCAAAGCAUUGUCUCAUCUUCAAGGGAACAGAAUGAAGAGAAAUCAGCAUGGAAGUUGUUGAAAGAAAAAUCACAGCGCGUGAUGAAGUCCCUUAGAUGGUCAUUAAGAGUCUGUACUCUUAUUCAUGGAUAUGGAGAUUUAACUAGGGGACCUAAAAUUGAAGAUACAUCAAUAAAUAAAGUAACUAGACCAGGGGUGCUGUCCAAGGUGCGGGAAGAAAAAAGCGCAAAAGUCGAAAAAGUUGGUAAAGAUUAAAAAUUCGAAAGUUUCGCCAGCAAAAAAGGAUUUUAAAAUAAAGUUGAAACCGUUGAAAAAGUUGGAUAGAAUGAAAGAGAUUUCGGUCGAUGAUUUUGAAAAUGACGCUCAGAUUUCUGCUACUUGUUAUAGAUUAGAGGAUCGGGUUGGGGGAAAACCCGUUCUAUGUAAAGUUGGGACCAUCAAAUUUUCUCUGGAGGGGAGUGAGUGGGAAGAGCUUGAUCUUCCCAGAGGAGUCAAGGAAUCUUUAAGAAGCUUCCUUGAUUUUAAAACCAGCAUAAGUAUUGAGUUGGAGAGGACGGA